CGCCACUGUAAUAUAGCACUACCAUACGCUACCGUCUACCGUAUAGGUUUUUCCAUUUACGGUCCAUAAAAAUCAGGACCUGUCAACAAAAUCUGACAGAUUCAAAGUGAAUGAAGUGUGAUAUAAAAUUUGAACUGAGUUUAGGAUUUUAAAGCCCGACUCUGCCUUGUUGACUUUAGUAAAUAAUCAGUGGAUUAUCGUACCUACUGGACAAUUCAAGAUUGUCAUGAAUUGAGUGAGUGCGAUACACAUCUGGGAUCUCGAAAAAACGUUUCGUAAACUUGAACAGUGAUAAGGAUACGUAAUUUGAUACCAUUGCAGAUCUACCUACCCAUGCCGCGCUACAAAAAUUUGUUUAAAUGAAGAGUGCAGAUCAGCUGAUUGUAUUGUACCAUUGGAGGGCAAACUAGAAACCAGUGAACCUUCGUCAAGAACUUGAAUGUCAAUGCCAUCAAUAAAAACAACAAAUUAGCUGCGCAGGCUGUGAUAAGACUUGCUUGUCUUUUGUUGACACGUACGAAUUUAUAUUUAAAAGUGUUCGCGCUGUAAAAUGGCAGUUCCACUGUGCGCGUGAACCUUGCUUGUGGUUUGUUUUGUUAGUGUUGGUGAAAGAAAAAAAACAGAAACAUGUUACCAGGAUAUGGGCCAGUGAUGCAGGCCUUUUUGGGCACCCUUUUCACUUGGAGCCUGACAGCUGCGGGAGCUGCUCUUGUCAUCGUUAUCAGGGGCUCCCAGAGAAAACUCCUCGAUGCCAGCUUAGGUUUCGCAGCUGGCGUGAUGACAGCUGCAUCAUUUUGGUCACUGUUGAAUCCCGCAAUUGAAAUGGCAACUGAAUCGAAAAUCUAUGGAGAAAAUGGAGAAUAUGCUUUUCUUCCAGUUGCAUUCGGCUUUUUCCUGGGCGCCAUUUUUGUAUAUGGCGCUGAUAAGCUGAUUACAGUUUUAGGAAUUCAUUCACCAAAUAUGAUGCUAGGUAAAGUUACAUUAUAA